CCAAUGUUGGUUUGAAUGUUUCAACAACAACAGCUAGUAAUUAUCUUCAUAAAGCUGGUAUUAAAUCUCAUGUAGCAGUUAAAAAGCCAUUUAUUUCAGAUGAAAAUCAAAAGAAACAACUUAUUUAG